AUGUAUUCAAAAAUUAUAAGAAGAAAUCUUCCAAAACUCCACCAUUUGCAAAGAAUAUGGUUUGUUCCUUCGCGAUCAUUAAACGAUGUUGGUCCUGUAGACGAGGAUGAAGCGAAGAUUGCAAAUCGCAAACUUUUCGGUCCUGAUCUUCCUUUCGGCAUAAGAGACGCGAAGGAUGCUAAACACGUUGCGGAACUGCUCGCAGCAGGUGAAAGAAAACUGGUCUUCGAUGCGCUUCGAAAAAAGAUGGCCGACCAAUAUUUGGAACAUAAAAGACUAGGAAAUGCUGAGAUUCAUCCUGACGACAUGGUUAAGAUCUGGUAUGUGUCGCUCGUUCCUAAUUUCGUGCUUGGUGUGCUAGAUACAUCACUCCUAGUGUUCUCCGGACAAAGUAUCAACAGCACCUUCGCUGGUGUUUAUGGUUUGUCGAUUAUGGGUGCUGCUGCACUUGGUAAUGUGGUAACAAACGUCGUGUUACUCCAAACUCAAAUCCAUUUCGGACAUCUCAUUGGGAAGUUUGGACUGAAGUUCCCUGUAUUGUCUGCUGAACAAAUGCAUAACAAGGAUAUGGGAAUAAUAACAAAUUUUGCAAAGACCAUAGGACUUCUGCUCGGAUCUCUUUGUGGAAUGUUCCCACUGCUGUUCUACGAUAAUCUCACGCAAGAAGAGCUCGAGAGGAAAAAGAAAGCAAUGUACUUCCAGUGGAUAAACGUAGAAACAGAGAUGGUUGAUCGACUAAGUGAGCAAAGUCAUAUCGUGCUCAAAGAGACAGACGAAGAACGAGCAAAAAGAGAAAAAGAAGCAAAACUGGAGCAGGCACGGCUGUCUGAGGCUGUCUUCGACACCGAAGACAACUCUAAUAUAGAAAAAUCCGCGCCCUUCAAAACUCCCUAG